AUGAGUUCCGCUUUUUCCGAUCAACCUUAUUAUACGGUAUGCGAUUUAUUACAUUGUUCACAUUGUCAUAGGUCUCUAGCAUCUCCUAGAAGUGCUGUAACCUUAUUUCGGUUACUGUAGUUUUUAGAAAAAGCUGUUUUUCCAGAGUAUUAGCAAGUCUCUGCCACCCAAAACAUUUCCAUGGCCAAGAGAUGUCUUAAAACCGAUGGAACGAAUAAAAUCCGAGAGAUUCGAGCGAAUUACGGAAUGGAGAACUCCAAUGAGAACAAGACCUGGCCAUCUGAACGUCCGGGAAGUGUAAGGGUUGUUUCUUUCUGUUCAUUUGCCUUGUUUUAGAUCUCGAUCCAUCAGUUCUGAUCCUCCAACCAAAACUACAUUCACAUCUCCAACUUAUACCGAGCCUUCCUAUCAUACAAGCCCAAAUGAAAGGCUUAUUCCGAUUCUGCAUAAUGGAGGAUCCCCCAAUACUUCUGAUGACAUUUCGACGGAACAGGAAAUUGCCUCCAAAUCCAACAGAAUCAGACAUUUCUAUGAUUAUCCGUCCGAAUUUGAUGGGAUUUUGAAUCGAAACGAACUCAAGUUGGCUCAUCGAGGAAGAACCGAUGGAAAUGUUGGUAUGUUUGCAUUUAUUUCGAGUUUAACUUUAUGAUUGUACAUUUUAGAAGUGACGAAUGUAAGAUUACCGUCAUUUCCUCCUCAAAGUCAUCGUGAAUCGUACUCAUUGAGUGAAUCUAAACCAAGGAAAGAAUUCAGAACAACUUCAGAGCAAAUUCGACGGUAUCCCUGGGAUCCUGAAGUUAGGUAUUUGGAGAAAACAUCGGGUAUGACAACUUUUCUGUCGAAAUUUAAUGGUAAAUCCUUGUAAAUGUUGUGAUCCUCCAACCUCCGCUCUCUAUACUGGUUUCCUAACCUGUCUUUUGCUUAACUCGGAAUCCAGGUAAUCUCCUGCUUAUCUCCCAUUUUUUUGAUUAAAAUCACUGAACCGAAAUCUUUUUCCAAACCCCCUUCGGAAAAGGGAAAGUAUUCUCUGUUCAUCUGUAAUUGGCGGGGCUAAAGGUUCGUUGGGGGAGAGCUCAAUUACCGUUCCGAUCUUCUUCUAUGAACCUCUGCUCUUCCAGAUUGUUUCCAGUAAUUGACGGGUUAUAAGGAUUAACUUGGGAAGGGGAAAAGUAAGAAAGUUUUGAGGGGUUCAAUAAUUGUGAGUUGAAGAAUUGAAGAGAACGGUGACUUGCUUUUUUGUCGAAAGAAUUGGUUUGUACGCUUGAGAUAUGAGGCCACAGAUUUUCAUAGAAUGUGACAUAAGUCGAAGUCUGUUUUUUAGGACAAGUCGGGAUUUUUUUUGACUCUCUUUGGAGUAUAUAUUGCUUGGGUUAGCUCAUGUUUUUAUAUUAUUCACAACAUUAACAGAGAAAAAAUAUUGCUGAUUUUCUAAUAUCAUUAUUUUUACGUUGCAUUAAUGCCCGUUUUUCCAGAGAUGUCGACGGACAAUCCGAUCGACCGUAAUAUCUCCAAUCAUCAUCUUAUCAUCCCCCAACCGCCAUCAGUUGCACCUCCAUUACCUCCCAAAAGUCGUAAAAUGUCAUCACAAUCAGAGAUAUCUUUGAUUCCUUCGAGGGAUCUGAAGUCAUCAAACUUUGAGCAGAUCCACAAUCUCCUCAAAGUAAGUCCCAUUGAAUUUUGUAUUCAUAUGCUUAGCCAGUAUUUAUAUUGUAAAUCCGUUCCGCUCUCCGCUCCGUUUCUCUUUCCAUUCAAAUCCCUAAAAAGUCGGAUUGAAUCCGCGGCUUCGAUUAACCAAAACAGCUGCCCUAACUGGCUUUGUGCCAUCUUCCAUGCUUUUUAUUUGAGCAGCGGUAUUGUAAUUUUGGUGUCAUAAAGUUUCUAAAACGCACAUUUUUACUCGAAAAAGUAUCGAAUUACUCGAUUACAGUUGUUUUUUUUUGCAGACCGAAGAUGUGGUGAUCCCGAUGGUGGAGAGAUUCUUGCGUUCGCAGUUCGUGGACGGGAGUCCCCAGAAGACUUUGGAUAUAUCCGAUUUCUCCCAUUCGGACACGCCCCUCAAGCAUUCCUGGGAGCGAAUCUUCCGCGUCUCUGAUGGGAAAAAGGUAUGAAUUUGGGCUUGUACUAAAGAAAGGAGCUAUUUUUGGAAAAAAAUGUUACUAUUCAGUCCCAAUUUUUGCGAAAGUCUAUGAUUUUGAUGACCUUUUUGCUGAUUAUUUCAUGCUGAAAAUUACAGUAGUCUUUAAGCUGAGGGGUCCCUAAAAUUCCCAAAAAAUUAACUUACAGGUAAGGGUAUAUUACACUUAUUUGUCACCCCAUUCCCUCAGCUUUUCCCCGCUUACAAACCCGUCCGGAACCCGAAUAUUUACCCGUCCAAUGAAAAUGUUUACUCAAAUGUUUAGACGGUAUUGUUGUCGGAUCGGGUAAGGUCAGAGCUAGGCGGGGGAUUCAGGUGGGAGGUAAUUAUAUCCAAAAUCGAGUUCGCCGAGGUCAACAAUGCCGAUUUAUGGUUAUGCGAACCUGAAAAAACGUCGACCCGAAAUGAAUAAAUUUCGGGAUUUUCGAAGUCGCGCUCUUAUUACGUUUUGAUUCCUGCCUGUUAUCGCUCAUUUUUAGGCCGUUUGUGAUUGAAAAUGACUUUUGUUGUGUUUUAGGCGGCCACCAUCAAACUGGAGAAUCGGCUGACGAUUGAAAAGGAGGAGUCGAUGGGGGAUUCUGAAGUCAGAAGCCAUCGAAAGGUGUCGUCUUCCGACUCCUCAUCAGGCUUCCGAUCCUCGGAUUCGCCAGAUGGCUUCAGUGAAAAGAAUUCGAAUUCAGAUUCGGACCUUUUGCUGGUUGUUCACAAAAAAAUCGCCAAAGGAAUUCCAUUGGGUAAACUUUGACUUUUCUAAAUUUUUUAAAAGUAAUUUUGCUGGUUAUUGUUGCCCGUUGUUAGGAUUAGGCACAACGAAAUAACGUCUCGUAUUAAUGUCUCCGCUUUUCAGAAUGGCCGGAGCUCUUUCUCCUCAAGAAUUCGCAUUGUCGUCAUGUAAUGCCCCUGGAAAGAUUAUAUCGUCAGCUAUCGGUGAAAGCAGACUCCGAAAGAAAAUGGCGACAAGUUGGAGCAGAGCUGAGGCAUUCCUACACAUUAUAUCAAGAUGUUUUGGAGAGAUGUUUGGUGGUCGAUGAGUUGUACACCCAGCUUGCUUACAUGAUAAUGCAGGCCGAAAGUUAUUGGUAUGGAGCCAGGAUCUGUGCAGGUAUGGUCAGACGACUCUUACAGACCCUAUUUUACUUAAUCUAUCAUCAUUCGUCUUUUGGGUUAUGUAUUUUUGAUUCAGCUGAUUUUUUUACACUAUCCCUGACAUUAGCUUACUAAAAAAUUCCAUUUACGUUAAUCUUUUUCUAUAACUCAUUGUUUUUGUUAUCCAUAUUUUUUUUUAAAUUUUUGAGACCGUUCCCUACAAACUUCCUGGUAUCGUCUGGCCGUUCAAAUCUACGCCCGGCUCCUCCAAAAAGCCCAGCUCCACCUUCCGGCUUCGGAUCGAUCCCUCCUCACAGUCAUGGAUAAACUUUCUCAGAUCAUGUUGGAGUCUGCCGAUGCUGAUGAAAGAACUCUCAAACUCUGCAAAGCCGGAGUUGUCGCGGCGGAAAAAGAGCUGGAACUGAACGAGGACAUCAAAAGGGAACGGAAAUUGAUCAAAAUCAAAAAUCGUCUUGUCCGAGUCGAAGCCCAAGCCCUCAGGAAUUGA